ACUAGUUCCAAAUCUAGUAACUUGUAGCUCAUACACACCAACAAUCAAAAUCACUAAAAAGAUUAAUAUUUUUAUGGUGACGGUUCAGAACAUCAGAACUUUUGUUAAAACUUUUCAUUCUUGAUUGCGACUAAUUAAAGCCUAUUUAUCGAGUAUAUGAAUGUGCUUAAUUGCCUUGACUCGGAGUCAUUAUUAUGCUCUGACACUGGCCAAAGGAAUCCCCUGAGAGCAACAAUCUGACCAUCGAAAUCAAACUAUUCCAUCUAGUAGCCGUAGCACCCCGCAUCCUGAAUCAUGACUGAAUACAAAUUAGUGGUAGUAGGCGCUGGAGGUGUAGGUAAAUCAGCCCUUACGAUACAACUGAUCCAGAACCACUUUGUGGACGAAUAUGACCCCACAAUUGAAGACUCCUAUAGGAAACAAGUAGUAAUAGAUGGAGACACAUGCCUACUAGAUAUUCUAGAUACGGCUGGACAAGAGGAAUAUAGUGCAAUGAGGGACCAGUAUAUGAGAACGGGGGAGGGGUUCCUCUUAGUAUUUGCAGUGAACUCUGCUAAGAGCUUUGAAGACAUUGGUACAUAUCGAGAGCAGAUCAAACGAGUUAAAGAUGCUGAAGAAGUGCCUAUGGUGCUGGUAGGAAACAAGUGUGAUCUUUCAGCAUGGGCUGUAGAUAUGAACCAAGCUAGGGAGGUAGCGAAGCAGUACGGCAUCCCAUUCGUAGAAACGUCAGCGAAAACGCGGAUGGGCGUCGACGACGCCUUCUACACUCUGGUGCGUGAGAUCCGCAAAGACAAGCUGUCGCGCGGCAAGAAGUCGCACAAAUAUAUCGGCAGCCACGGUAGGGUGCCAUUUAAGCUGAAGUGCUCCAUCCUGUAGAAGCGGCCUUCCUUCCUUCGGUUGGCGGUGCAGCUGCUGUCAGUUGUCUUCUGCCAUCACACGGACUGAACACGUGUACUGAUAAGCGUCCGGUGGUAGGGUGUGUAUGUGACGGUGCUUUAUGCGUAUGGCUGGUUUCGGUGGAAUCAGGGUAGAACAAAUAGUAGAGGUUUUGGGUAUAAAAAUGAUUGUAGGAAAUUUCUAGUUCAUUUGUUAUAUAUGUUUGCUCAGUAACUGAACUUGGCCGUUAUUUGAAAUUUAUACCCAGAAAGCGUGCUUUCGCUAUCUUCUCAGUCUUCUCUCAUCGCGAACUGGGUAACUUUUAUUUACACAUAAGACGGUAAAUUAGAAAGAUCCAUAAAUGCGAAACUCGAGGACCCUUGGAAACACGACUAUUUUCGCAUUAUUUGUAAGUACAAAUACGUUUCAAAGUUUUACGUAUUAAAAAAAUAUAAUUCGCAAUUAAUGUGAUUAUUCAACCUAACUUGUAUUUUUUAUAGUCACCAUCCAAGAGUACCACAGAAGCAACACUUGGCUCUAUAUAAAGUUUCUUCAGCCUAUCUGUGAAUUUUUUUCGAUUGAUUCACGCAUUGUAUCAGAAAAUGUUGAAAGCUAGGUGUUUCCGAGGGUAUCGUACUUUCGCGUUGUGAUUUUUUUAAUUUGCCCACAACUCGUAUACAUUUCGGGCAGUGGCCGUAUUUGGUUAUUGAGUGCGCCUAUAUAAAAGAGUGCAAUAGUGAUGUGUUUUUUACUCAGAAAUUAUAUAAUACUUUUGUUUAUCAACAAAUGAUAUUCUCUUCAUAAAACGUAAACAAUGUCAAUGUUCUGAACAUGCAAAACAAUAUCAAGUAUAUACUUUCCACUAUGUACAUGGUGGCAUUGCUGAAGAAAUACAGUUUCAGGUUUAUAUACCAUGAGCACCUACCAUCCCACGAUACCAUGUUCUAUUCUAAUAUUCCUCCACUCACAGUGGUACAAUUUCACAGCUUGCAGUUUCAUCUUAUAGGUACUUCAAUCCACUAAAUUUGUUCUAUUGGAUUCCAUAAGGAAAAGGAAAUAAAUAAUCCAUGCACUGUCUUUUAAUAACCUAUAUAGGUUAUUAUUAUUAUUGACAAGAUAUAUUUCUAGGUCCUCUGUUUAAUCUAAAGAAGUCUUAUCUUUGCCAUAUAAAGGAAUGCUGAACUGAAGUAUUUUCCUAUGUACUUUUAGUUGCUGAUUCCGAAUGUGAGGUAAAAAUAGGGGAGGGGGGAAUACUUGGCCAAAAUAAGAUAGAAGAAUGGGGGUUCAUCUUGAGUGUUGAUUUCGUUUAUGAUAUCUUGAGUUUUGAAAGCUUUUCAAGUUAAUUUUUAACAAUGCAUGAAUCAUUUUCAAGUAUCUGAUCCAGACUUAUAUGUUGUGUAAUGGUUUGAAAUCAAAUAAUUGAUAUUGAUAGAAGAUAUAUACAUAUAUUAUUGUACAUUAUUUACUGUGACUCAAGUUUUAGAUGUAUACUUAGAUUUAGAUAAAACAUCUUAUAAACGAUAUCACGUGAUUCGAAAUUUCAAACCUAGACGUUCAGUCAUACAGAGAAGUUAACAUUUGUUUUUCCAGUGCUUAGAGCCUAAAGCUAUUUUGAAGUUCACAUACUCUGUUAAACCUUACAGCCAGAAACAUUUCUAAAACUUCACUACUGGACUUUGUAUAAAUUAACACCUGAUAAAAAUUUUUUGCUCAGUUCAACUAUUAUGAUGAUAACAUACAUAAGAAUAUUUAUUUUUAUAUUUUUGAGUUUUUAUGUAGCUGUAAAAGGGUUGAGAUUUCAGUUAUUGUCAAUCUAGAAAAAAUAUAAUAGGUGGCAUUUUUUUAUUGAUACAAAAUAUGAAAGAAAUAAACUCUUUGCUGUCUAGAAAUAUUUCUGGAUGGAUCAUCACUGAAAUGCAAUGCAGUGUAAUGUUGAAUAGUGUGAAAAUCAUUAGCUUAACUAGUGCAGUCGCCGUGAAACUGCAUAAAAAAUAAAACAAUGAAUUAUAAUUUAAGCAUAUCAUACAUAUAUACGGAAUGGCUUUAUUGUCUUUUGUUCAAAAACUCUGCAGCUUAGUCACGACUAGUCGUGACUUUGUAAAAGCGUUUAAUCUUUGUCCAAGUUCACAAGGUUUUUGGGUCAUGUUCAAGAAAAUAAUAAUUGAUUUGUUAGAAAAACUUGUUCUUAUCUUUGUCUGGCCGAAUCAAACCACAUAUGUUAAAAUUUUCUCUUUAUUACACGACGUUUCGGUCUCAACGGUGACAUUCUUCAAGUACUAUUGACACUUUUUUUACAACAUAUUUUAUUUUCCUGUCUUAUAGGUGACACUGUGUUCGUUUUUUUUUGUGUUACUACAGUAGUCUGACAGGUCUUGUAACAUGCUGAGACUGCGAAGCUAUCAUUUCAAUUUUGAGAUGGUACCGUGCAAAACCAGCAAAGCCCAUGACCGCCUGUGGUAGGCAUUCCCAUUUCCAAAAGGACAUCCAACCCUCCAAAGCGAGGUUAUCGGUCGUUUUUUAAUUAAUAAUAAUUAGACCCAGAACUGUUGUAACACACUUGUUAAUUGUUAUGCAAUAUUCGACUGAUAUGCUACCCCAGGCGGUCCGGGGCUUUGCUGAUUUUGCACAGUGGAAUGAUGGCUUUGCGCAAUCUCACCAUCUUACAGGACCUUUCAUGCUAUUGUAGUAAUACACUGAAUAUGAAUCUGAAAAUGAAGGGAAAAAAACCAAGUGUCACCUGGAAGACAGUAAAAUAUACUGUCAAGUGUCAAUUUUACUUGAACAAGGUCACCAUUGGGACAUUCAAUAAAGAGAAAUAUUAAACAUAUGUGGUUUAAUUUGGCCAGACAAACUGGGAGGAUUAUAAACCUAACAACCACAGGGUAAGUUCAGAUUUUACAUUAUUUUUAUCUAUAAUGCUUGGUUUUAUCGAAAUCAGCCUUACGUUAGAGAGGCAGCCAAUAGGUGGUUAUCAUUUUUUCAUUCAAUUCUGGUCUCAAAAAUAAUUUAUAAAAUCAAUUUAUAGAAAAUAAUGCUAUUUGAACCGGUUGUUCCAAACACUCCUCCUAAAGCAUAAUAAAUAAUCAUUGCCUUUGUUGUACGCUUAUUUGUGAAGGUAUUUAAUCUUUUUCAUCAUUUUUCAAAGAGCAGCGCAUUCUUGAUUGAAAAAAUCAAGUUUUUGUAAUAAACUAAUUUUUAAUAGAAUGUUAUCCUCCAUUGGCAGCCCCCAGGAGUAUGUUGUUGAGUUAUUCAUGAUAUUGGAUGCAUGGAUACUUCCAGUUAUUCAGCAAAUGUGUGAAUAUGUUAUGUGCGAGUAUGUAAAUGUAUGACAGUCGAAUGAAGCUUUCGAGAAGUACAGAAAAAAGUAUUCAACUUAAAUUAUUCUAAACUAUUUCACAAAAUCGUACAAUUUCAUAAAUCCACGGUGUACAGAAUACCAUUCUGACGAUAUUCAUUUUAGAUAUAGUGUUGUAUUGAAUUCUAAAUAGUGAAAAACAUGAAAAUGAAACUAGUAUGGUCUGUGUUUGAUGUGUUGCUCUAAUUGCUUGGUUAUUCAUUAUUCUGUGAGUCUUGAUGAAUUGGUAUCAUACAAUUUGUAAUUUUCUGCACUAUGUACAAACUUGUGACUAUUUAGAUGAAAAACAUCUCUGAUCAACCUACCACUUAUUUUCUUUUUUUGUUUGUCGAAAUUUGAAGUUUUAACUCGAAAAAGAUGUCAUUUUAUCAAAAACUGACCGGUUCGUCCUGUAAAUAGUUAUAUACAGUCUUUGUGACUUUCCAAUAUACAAUAAUUGUUCAAGUCCAGUACUCAUGGCAAUUGGUUUAUUCGUGUAAUAUUUCAGAUUUUAGAGCUUUUGAACACAUCUCAUACUAUGGGACAAACGUCAAUGUCAUCUCAGUUUUUUACGCACACUAUUGUGAUGUAAUUCUUACUUUCAGCUUCUGUAAUUGUUAAAGAGGGUACACUUUUCUCAGCUCAUGUUAUCUAGAUAUAUUUGUCAAUGAUCAAUGGUGGAAGAUAAAAUUCAGUGUAUGGAAACAGAACAAGUGUGAAGCACUUACUGGAGUGAAUUGUUAAAUUGAUUCUCGAGACACAUAUUAAUCUUUCAAAUCCAAGCUCCUUGGAUAGACUGAUUUAUGUAUUAAAAAAAUACUUAUAGCAAUUUCUAUCCCUUCUAAGCCACUAAAAUCAGUAUUUAGUGAAACAAAUGUUGAGAAAGUGCCAUUUUACACAUAUUUUUUUUUAGAUACAUUAGCAUAAAUCAUAGUAUUGCCAUUGUAUUUUAUAAAAUUUUGAAUUUGGCUAUGUAUCUUUAUAAGAAGAUAUUAUUUUUUGCGAUUAUAAAUAUAGCCGAUUCAUAUUUGUAGAUCGAUAAUUUUUCUUACAAAAACUGGUUUGGUUUUAAGUGUCUGGUUAACAUGCUAAUAAGCGCACACUUGAUGUAUCACCACUGAUAAGAACAUUUCAAGCUGCUUAUACACAAAGAGAAAACAAAAGUUGCUUAAUCACACUGGAUUAUACACAAACUACUUCUAAAUAUAUUUUGCCGAGUUCAUUAUAGGAAGUGCAGUCACAUAGUAUCACGGGAGCCUAGCAAGGAUUGGUCAUGCUUUUGCUUUAAACAUAGCCAAAACUUGUGAUAUUUCUAUUUUAUAAUUUUAAGGACUUUUAUAAAUUGAAUUAGAACACCCUCUCUAACAAAUAUACCAUCAAUUAUAAUAAACUUAAGCAAUUAGAAUGUUGGACUAUGAUGAUUAGACGAGAGUGUUCCUUGAAAGAUAGAUGAAAAUUUUUCUAUAAAUUUUUUUCUUAAUGUUCUACUAAUAUAGGAUAUUUUUGCCUUUCAUAUUAUACAGAGAAUAUAAAUAUGUAGCAAUGAUUAGCUAUAGUUAUAUCUUACUAAAACUUCUCUUAUUAAUAAAUUGUUAAAUAUUA